UGAAAAGCACCUUCUUGAUGUUUUGUUGUCUGAUGGCGUGAAGAGGAAGGGGAUACCUGUGAUUGCAAUUGUAGGAAUGGGUGGGAUUGGAAAAACCACCCUUGCUCAGUUUUUGUAUAAUGAUGUGAUGGUGAAGAAUCAUUUUAACUUGAGAGCUUGGGUGUAUGUCUCGGAAGAAUUUGAUGUUUUUAAGGUUACCAAAACCAUUUAUGAGUCCGCCACUUUGUCGCAUUCUGCUAUUAAAGACUUAAACGUGCUUCAAGUCAAGCUCGAGAGGACAUUGAUGGGCAGAAAAUUUCUACUUGUGUUGGACAAUGUUUGGAAUGAGAGUUUUAGAGAAUGGGAUCUGCUGCGUAGACCCUUGCAAGUUGGUGCCCCUGGAAGUAAGAUCAUUGUGACUACAAGGAGCCAAAGUGUUUCAUCGACCAUACAUGAUGUACUUGUUCAUGAUUUGCAGAUGUUAUCUAAAGAAGAUUGCUGGUCAUUAUUUGCAAAGCAUGCGUUUGGAGAUAACGAUCCGGAUGAAGAUUCCACCCUGAAAGGAAUUGGUGAGGAAAUUGUGAAAAAAUGUAAAGGCUUGCCUUUAGCAAUUAAAACACUUGGGAGUCUGCUGCAUUCCGAAGUUGAGGCUGAGGAAUGGAACAAUUUAUUGAGUAGUAGAAUAUGGGAUCUGCCGGAUUAUAAGAGUGACAUUCUACCUGCCUUAAGGUUGAGUUACCACUAUCUUCCUUCUCAACUAAAACGCUGCUUUGCAUAUUGUUCCAUAUUUCCCAAGGGCCACAAAUUUGAAAAAGGGGAUUUGGUUCGAAUGUGGAUAGCCGAAGGCUUAGUGCAGCAGCCAAACAGUGGAAGAAGAAUGGAGGAAGUUGGUGAGCAGUACUUUCAUGAACUGUUAUCAAGGUCAAUUUUUCAACAAAAUCAUGAUCAAUCACGUUUCAUAAUGCAUGACCUUGUCAAUGAUUUAGCUCAACAUAUAGCAGGCGACUUUAGUUUCAAGUUUGAGCAUGAUAGCCCUCCCCAAAACCCUGCAAGGGUUCGCCAUUUGUCAUGCAUAUUAAAGCCAAGUGACACGCCUGAUAAAUUUGUGGCCUUCUAUGAAAAAAAUAAGGUUUUGCGGACCUUCCUUCCACUCAGAUCACCAAGUGAAGGUAAGACUCGUUUUGAUUCUGGAGUCUUCAAGAAAUUGUUUCCAUCGCCCAGUUGCCUGCGUGUAUUGUCAUUGUCAUCUUACAAUAUAACUGAGUUCCCUGCUGAUUCAGUUGGCAACUUAAGACAGCUACGCUACUUGGACCUGUCUGGUGCUGCCAUUCCACAUUUACCAGAAAGUGUAGGCUGUUUGUAUAACUUGGAGACACUGAAGUUGUCAGGUUGUCCUCGUCUCACUUUUUUGCCAGCAAACUUCAGCAACCUUACCAAAUUGGAGUAUCUUGGUAUCGAGGGAACCCCUAUCCUGCAGAUGCCUCCAAAUUUCGGUAAUUUGAAACGUCUUCAGCUGUUGACUAAGUUUGUUGUAGGCAACAAUAAUAUGUCAACUAUAAGUGAGGUAAAGGAUCUUUCUCUUCUACGUGGCACCCUUUCUAUUUUGCGGUUGCAGAAUGUCUCUCAGACAGCUGAUGCAGAAAAGGCCAAUUUAAAGGAUAAGAAGUACCUCUGUGAGUUGAUUUUUGAAUGGGAUGCUGAUCCUUGUAAUGGCAAUCUACAGAAUGCAGCAAAUGAUCCUCAAAACGGAUACAUAGAGAAUGCAGCGAAUGUACUUGACAAGCUACAGCCUGGCGAGAAUUUGGAGAGGCUCAAAAUAAAAAAUUUCUUCGGUAUGAGGUUACCAAAAUGGUUAGGGAAUGCUUCGUUGUCCAAAAUUAAAAGCCUAACUCUUGACAAUUGCCAAAAUUGCAACUCACUGCCACCACUUGGGCAACUACCCUCUCUCAAAGAACUCACCGUACACGACCUGGCUGGAGUAAAAACUGUGGGCCAAGAAUUCUACGGUGAUAGUGUCGUGGCCUUUAAAUCUCUGGAAACUUUAAUGUUCGGUAGGAUGGAAAAUUGGGAGGAAUGGUUACCUUUCACAAAUGAACAAGGAUUCCCGUCCCUCCACAAACUCCUUAUGACCGAAUGUAGGAAACUGACUGGGAUCCCCAUCCAACUUCCCUCUUCAAAUUUGCAUAUCGACGAGUGUGACAAACUUAGAUUUCAAGUAAUAGCCAGCUGUGGAGAUUUAAAGGAUUUGGCGGAACAGACUUGUUUUGAACCGGUUGAAGGUUAUCGGCAGUGGCAAAGGGUCAUUGAACCCAAGUUUAAUUUGGAGAUAAAGCGGACGGAAAAAAUACUUCAAUGGAGAAUCUGGAAGCGGUCGAGUAGUGAAAUUAUUUGGCAUGAAUACCUGGCUUUGAACAUUUCUCAUAGUCCUUUGCGCUCUCACCAACCAGUAUGA